AAUUGCCUGCAUUCAAUUUAUGCAGGUUCCACCUCAACAACAGAUGGCUUUGAACCUGGGAUUGAUUCCAAUGUUGUAUCUACAGCAUGUGGACUUUGUUACUGGGAGGAGCUUCCUUGUGGGAUAUACAGUGUCCACUUAAAAGCGCAAAAAGCCAUCAAGCGGUGUGUAAGAGAAAAAUUGGUUGGUGAAGUCAGAAAACAUGAAUGGAGUGAUCCCUUGUUAAAUGAACUGAUUAAAUGGGAGAGGACUUUUCUGGAUCCCCAAGUGGAGGAGCUCUCCACAAUCAGUCUCCCACUUCAAAUGGAGCAACUUGCCUUGCCUUCAAAAGCUUCAGAUGGAAUGCAUCAUGAUAUAGCUAAUCUCAAGGAAUGUAUGGUGAAACAGGCAAAUUUCCAAUCAGAUAUUGCCCAUUCUUUGAUGAAUAAUCUUAGACCAGUUAAUGUUAAUGCAGGGUAUACUCAGCCUGCAGAGAAGGUACUCAUUGCACUAAGAGAAUCUGUCAUGCGGCGAACUACUCUAGACACAAUCUAUCAGGCUGCUUUACAUGGAGGGAAAGAAGAGGAAUUGGCCCCUAUAGCACUUCUGUUUUCCGGUGGCUUAGAUUCUAUGAUACUUGCAGCAUUAUUAGAUCAAUGUCUUCAUCAGAAAUACACGGUAGAUUUGCUAAAUGUGAGUUUUGAUGGCCAGCUUGCUCCAGAUAGAGUUUCUGCAAGGAUGGGUUUAAGGGAACUUCAAAAGAUUGCUCCAUGUAGGAGGUGGCGACUUGUGGAGAUUGAUGCUAGUUUGUCUGAUUUGACUUGGGAAGCAAAGCAUGUAAUGUCACUGAUACAUCCUGCAAAGACCUAUAUGGAUCUGAAUAUUGGAAUAGCAUUAUGGUUGGCUGCUGGUGGAGAUGGUUGGGUGGAUGGAGAGAUCUGUAAUCUAGGAGAAGAUCAAUGUCGUUAUAGAUACAAGUCAAUGGCGCAGAUUCUCUUACUAGGUUCCGGCGCUGAUGAGCAGUGUGCUGGAUAUGGUAGGCACAGGACAAGAUACAGGCUGGGAGGUUGGGUUGCACUCCAUGAAGAAAUGAGAUUGGAUAUGCUGAGAAUUUGGAAAAGAAAUAUGGGUAGAGAUGACAGAUGCAUUUCUGAUCGUGGAAAGGAGGCAAGAUUUCCGUUUCUCGAUGAGGAUGUCAUUAGAACUUUGUUGGAAAUUCCUCUAUGGGAGAUUGCUCAACUUGAUAAACCUAGUGGAAGAGGUGACAAGAAGAUUCUAAGAGAGGUUGCACAGUUGCUUGGCUUGGAAGGAGCUGCUGUUCUUCCAAAGAGGGCUAUUCAGUUCGGUUCACGAAUAGCAAGAGAGUCAAACCGAAAGAACUUUGGAAGCAACCGUGCAGCGAAUCAAGCAUCUGCAGGAAGUGUCAAGAUUCAUCAGCCUGAAAAAUAGCACCACCAAGGCCUAUUCUGGUCCAUACCAGGAUUCCAAUAGGCAACCUCUAGAGUGGAGAACUCAUACUGUAUGGCAUGGCUCAUUCUCGCUGCAAGUCCGCCUUUGUCAACUACUUUUCCGAUUUGGUCACAUGCACACUGGCUGAUGUCUUUGAACCAUGUGAGUUGUCCUGACAUGCUUGCAAGAUGAUAGAAGGGCUCGUCCUGUCUGGCGCAAGAAGUCAACAUAUCUUUUGCGGUCCAAAAAGGAGGAAGGUGGAGAUGAACCUAGUCUGAACUUCAGAUGAGGAUCCCAAAAGCCGAUUAGCCAACCCAAAACCUGUUCUAAACUUGGAAUUUUGAAAAUGUGAUUUCUGUAAAGUGAACAACCUAAUGAUAGUGGCACCCAAGAGGCAUAUGAAGGUGGAGAAUUUGGGUUUAUAUAAUUCUUCUUGUUGAUUCA